UUUUUUUCUCGUGCGCACCUUCCAUGACUCGGACCUCCCGUGUCCUCCAUUUUCUACACCGUACCUGAAGACGCAUAAAAACCAUCCAUCCUCAAGCUAUGGUACAAAAUAUUUAAAAGGAAGAUAACACGAAUCAAUUUCUGGCACGAUGUCCGAAGAAUUACUUAUGACCGUUAUACGAAUGUCAAUGAUAUUCGAAAAUUCCCCAAACCGUUGGAAGCCUUUGGCCCCUAUUUGCCUCGGGGUGACGUAGGAAGUAGUUUAGGCACGACGUGCGCUGCCAGAAGACAUGAUGCUUGUAUGACAAGAGAGGCAAAUGCAGAGUUUAUCGCUGUGGUCUACCACUCGGAACCCCCCGAUACGGAGAACCACACCACGCGACGUCUUUGUGCCACAUGAAGCACUUAUGCCUUGUAAUGGGCUCGCAACGCAGAGUGCUGAUCGUCAACUGCUCAUCGUUUGCUGUAUGGGGCAGAAUGAGAUUGACAUGAUAGGAACAAUCGAUGGGUUCAGUGCUGUUUACAAGAGGGUAGAUGAGCUAGCCUGGGGACUUAACUUGCUUCCGCAAGCAAGAGGAACCUCCAAAGAAGAAGAUAGCAAGUCCCUCUCCGGCCGCAAAUAUCAUUUUCUACUCUCAGCGACUUGUUUUCGUACGAGUUCGACGGCUCUACUCUCGAUUCCUUGGAACAUGGCAAUAUCACUCUCUUUAACACCAACCUUCUGCGUCUUUUCUCGAUUACCUUUGAGGUCCCAUUGGUUUUUAGAGCCUCCUCGAUAUCCAGUCCAAUGGUACUGCCAAUUCUUCUGAUGGGUCCCCUCUAAGCUCUUUACCGAGGUCUUAGGUGGACCUUGGACUACCCGUUCAGCUCAUGCGACCGUUCAUCCUGUUCGUGACCCAAGUCUUUCGGCAAGAUACCACCUCGGACACCGGUUGGUCUCUUCCCGAUAUCCGGCGCUCUUCUAAAGCUGAUUCGUUAUUCGCGGUUUUACGGUGGUCGGUGAUCGUUGCUGUUUUCUGUACAUUUCGAAGGCCGAGAAUUGUUUACUACUUGAAGUUUCCAUUCCAAACGCUUUUAUGAUUGUGAGCGUGCGUUCUCAUAUACUCUAG